UGUUCAGCCAUUAUGCAGUGUUCUUGGAAGUCUGUGGUCCUUCUAGCAUUAGCCUCCAUAGCCAUCCAGUACACAGCCAUCCGCACCUUCUCCACCAAGCCCUUCAACUUGCUGUGCUCUGUUGGCUCUAACCCUCCCACUGAGCUAGCACCCACGGGUCAUCCUGUCAACUGCAGCCUCAAAGAUGUGACAUGGUUGGGCCGGGAGACAUUUGAGAGCUCGGACCGAGGCUGCGAUGAGAUCCUCUCACACAACUCCCCCUUCUCCUUCCCCUCCUAUAAUGCCAACAAGAGAACCCACAUCCUUAUUCUGGCCACCACACGAAGCGGAUCCUCAUUUGUGGGUCAGCUGUUCAAUCAGAACCCAGAGGUCUUCUACCUGUUUGAGCCUCUAUACCAUGUUCAGUUAACACUGCUUCCUCGCCUGGCCCAGAGUCGGAACCUGGCUGAGAGAAGGGUGAUGCUGGGAGCAGCCAGGGACCUGCUCAGGUCUCUGUACCACUGUCAUCUCAACAGUCUAGAGAGUUACAUACGACCCCGCCCUGCUAAUCACUCCACUGACAAGCUGUUCAGAAGAGGAGCUAGCCGGUCUCUGUGCUCCCCCCCUGUAUGUGAGGCUCCUCUGGGCCCAGGAGAGCAGAGCCAGGUGCUGGCUGAUGAGGGGGAGUGUGUGAGGAAGUGUGGGCCACUCAAUGUGUCACUAGCUGCUGAUACCUGUAGAGCAAAGCGACAUGCAGCCAUCAAGACAGUCCGGAUUCCCCAAAUCAAUGACCUCAGAGCACUGAUUGAGGACCCAAGACUCAAUCUUAAGGUGGUCCAGCUGGUUCGAGAUCCACGAGGUAUUUUGGCAUCUCGUAUUGAGACAUUUCGAGACACCUACAGGCUGUGGCGUCUGUGGAGAGCAACUGGACGUCGACCACACAACCUAGAUUUGGGACAGAUCAACACAGUUUGUGAGGACUUCCGCAGGUCUGUGUCCACAGGCCUUGCUAGACCGGCCUGGCUCAGAGGGAGGUACAUGUUGCUCAGAUAUGAAGACUUGGCCAGAUUUCCCCUCCAGAAGACCAGGGAGCUCUACAGCUUUCUUGGUCUAGUUCUGGACCACAGUGUAAAGGAUUGGAUUAUCAACAACACCCGGGGCAGCAGUGAUCUUUCUGCUCGGCAGAAGUUCACCACAGUUCGGGACUCUGCAGCUAAUGCAGAGAACUGGAGGGUGAAGCUGUCCUUCGACAUGGUGGUUUACACUCAGACUGCCUGCCAACCUCUUCUGGAGCUUCUUGGAUACAAGACAGUCUUCUCCCCCAGAGAACUGAGAAACCUGUCUCACUCUUUGGUGGAGGACAGGACGUUCCUUCCAUUUUUCUAA